UAUAUUAAAAUUUUAUAUUAUUUAUUUGUACAUUUCUCCAGCACAUUUUCAGUAGGGCAAACAGACAGAGGUUUAUUUUAAAACAGAAUGAGCCAUAUGCGUGUGGUCUGUCUCUCUGUGUGUGAACCGUUGCUGGAAAAAAAAGGCUACCAAGUAACAGUGAGAGUCCAAACACAUAACAAUAAUCCACAGACUCCAGUCCAUCUUGUGAAGUGAAAAGCUGCGUGUUUUGAUUAUUGUAGUGUUUUUAUCAGCUGUUUGGACUCUCAUUGUGGUGGGACCCAUUCACUGAAGAGGAUCCAUUGAUGUGAUGUCAUGCUAAAUUGCUCCAAAUCUGGUCCAAUGAAGAAACAAAUUCAUCUACAUCUUGGAUGACUUGAGGAUAUCCCCUGCUAAGUGCGUAGGAUGAAGUGUACACUGCGUAGGAACCUUCUGAAUGGAUCAGACCACGUGACCGGAAGUACUGUUUCUAGUGGGAACGCGCGAAUGCUGCACGAAGUGACAGCUCGGCGCUACAUUGAAAGCAGUUUUACAGUGUAUAUUACCACAAUCCCUUAUCCUGGCCCAAAAGUCUGUAACAGUUAGUUCUCUGUAGACGAACAUCUACCAUCGUAAACAUCCGGUUAAAGCUACAAGCAGGGUGAUGAACCAGGCUCAAGAGGGCAUUAAGCAGAAUGUCCAGAACAAUGGGAGACAGUCACAAGCGCUUCUUGCAGACCAUAAUGAGCAACGGCAUCAUCGGUGCAUCUCAGGCCGUAGCAUUACACAAACACUGCUGUGAGACUCAUGGAGCACACUAUACAGAGAGAUUGGAUGAUUUCAUUAAUGUUAUCAACACUCAACUUCAGCCCUUUUUCAUGCAUAUCAGGAAAGGCAUGUCUGAAGAGGAUGGUCUUGAGUAUUACGCCUUGGUAAAUGUGACAGAGACGGACAUAACAAGAAUGGCGUCUGAUUAUGCAGAUAAUGAACUGGAAUUAUUCAGAAAAACGAUGGAUCUGAUUGUAGACUCUGAGAGCGGUACUGCCUCCUCCACCGAUAUCCUAAAUUGUGCCGACAGCCUCCGGACAAAGAAACUGAAGAAAAAAGAAACCGAGCUUGUCUUAAACAAAUUUGUCCAGGACAAAUGGUUGAAGGAGAAAGACGGUGAAUACACUCUAAGUGUGCGCUGCAUUGUGGAGAUGGAACCGUAUAUGCGCACAAUCUACCAAGACCUCAUUAAAGUGUGUCAUGUGUGCCACAACAUUGCCUUGCAGUGCCAGAUGUGUGAAACCCCCGCCUGUGGAAUCAAGAUGCACCUCCCGUGUGUUGCUCGAUAUUUUAGAGCACGCAGUGAUCCUCGUUGCCCGGCAUGCAAUGAUUUCUGGCCUCAUGAGAUUCCAGAAAUGCGGCAUUCCCAGUCACAGAGUUCACAAAAUCUGCCUUCAUCAUCCAAAGAGAACACUGCUCCCACGCCGUCACGCCGGUCAAGAAGGACGUAAUCUCAAAGCCUGCUGAUUCAGCGCUGCAGCUGGCCUUUUUAACAUUGAGGAUUUUCAAGUGCAUUCUCUGAGUUUAAACGUUUUUUUUUUUUACAUGUUCUAUUAAUAAAGAAUUGUUAUUGAAUAGGUUGUUUCUCAAUUACACAUUAUUUUUGUUGGAAUUCUGAUUUAAGAGCAAACUUAAUUUAUUUGCUCUUGUAUGGAAACAUUUGCUGUCUCUGUAGAAUGAGCAUUUUGUACAGUUGCUAAGAUAAAAAAAACUAAAUAAAAAUUGAGAAGCGCACUGUUC